CAGGUGGGGGCCGCUUCGCAGUGCGCAUGCGUGUCUCUGAGCCGAGGUGCUGACGGGAGGCCAAGGAGCGACACUUCGUCGAGGAGAGCCGUCGACAAACCAAAGAAAAAAGGGAGGAGAGGAAAAGUGUAGUCUGUAACAGUCUUCAAAUUGAGUACAAGCAAUCUCCAACUUGAAAUCUUGAGUCACUUAAAUCCCAGCAAUGUUAUCUCAGAAAGAAAGCAAGAAGUGAAUCUCUGAAGUCUACUUUAUCAGGUGGUCCUGGAACCUAACCCCCACGAUAAAUGAGGGAACACUGUAAUUGAGUGGUCUUGCAAUAUAAUUUUAUUUCUGUAUUAUGUCUGGAUCUAGCUUGUACAGCUGAGUGACUUACUGGAGACCAUAUUCUGCUGUUGCCAUGUCAGGAAGCUAUACUCCAACAGCUGGUGGCCCUUUUUCUGCUCUCACUCCCAGCAUAUGGCCGCAGGAUAUCCUGGCAAAAUAUACCCAGAAAGAAGAAUCUGUUGAGCAACCUGAAUUCCGAUAUGAUGAAUUUGGUUUCCGAGUAGACAAAGAAGAUGGUGCUGAGCCAAACUCCAGCAAGCUCUUGGGAAUCCCACUGACAGAAGAGCCACAACACAGACUGAAAUGGCAAGCUCACCUGGAGUUCACACACAACCAUGACGUAGGGGACCUCACCUGGGAUAAGAUUGAAGUCACACUUCCUCAUUCAGAUAAGCUACGAUCCCUGGUAUUGGCUGGCAUUCCUCAUAGCAUGAGACCACAGCUAUGGAUGCGACUAUCUGGUGCUCUACAGAAGAAAAGAAGUUCAGAAAUGUCUUACCGAGAAAUUGUAAAAAAUAGCUCAAAUGAUGAAACCAUUGCUGCUAAACAAAUUGAGAAAGACCUACUCCGCACCAUGCCCAGCAAUGCCUGCUUCUCCAACAUGAACAGCAUUGGUGUGCCACGACUGCGUAGAAUAUUACGUGGGCUGGCUUGGUUAUAUCCAGAAAUUGGCUACUGUCAAGGCACUGGCAUGGUAGUGGCUUCCUUGCUUCUCUUCCUGGAAGAAGAAGAUGCCUUCUGGAUGAUGUGUGCCAUUAUUGAGGACUUGGUACCAGCCUCUUACUUCAGCACCACUUUGAUGGGUGUACAGACAGACCAACGUGUCUUGCGACAUCUCAUUGUACAGUACUUGCCACGACUGGACAAACUUCUUCAGGAACAUGACAUUGAACUGUCCCUGAUCACCCUGCACUGGUUCCUCACCUCCUUUGCUAGCGUUGUGCAUAUCAAGCUGUUGCUACGCAUCUGGGACCUUUUUUUCUACCAGGGUUCCAUAGUUCUCUUCCAGGUCACUCUGGGCAUGCUUAGCAUGAAGGAAGAUGAAUUGAUCCAGUCAGAGAACUCUGCAUCCAUCUUCAACACACUCUCAGACAUCCCCUCUCAGAUUGAAGAUCCAGAUGUGCUCCUGCAGGAAGCCAUGCGGAUUGCUGGGUCGCUGACAGAUGUGGCAGUGGAGACUCAGCGUUGUAAGCACCUUGCUUACCUCAUUGCAGACCAAGGGCAGCUAUUAAGUCCUGGUGCUGCUGUCAACCUCUCAAAGAUUGUACGACGCAGAACACAGCGUAGGAAAUCUGGCAUUACCUCACUUCUUUUUGGAGAAGACGAUAUGGAGGCACUGAAGGCCAAGAAUAUUAAGCAAACGGAACUGGUUGCAGACUUGCGAGAGGCCAUCCUUCAAGUUGCGCAACAUUUCCAGUGUGUGGAUCCCAAGAGUUGCAGCAUAGACUUGACUCCAGAUUACACCAUGGAGAGCCACCAGAGGGACCACGAAACCUACGUGGCAUGUUCCCGGAACCAGCGGCGGCGCGCCAAGGCCCUUCUGGAUUUCGAGCGGCACGAUGACGAUGAACUAGGCUUCCGUAAGAAUGAUAUCAUCACGAUAAUCUCCCAGAAGGAUGAGCAUUGUUGGGUGGGAGAACUGAAUGGCCUUAGAGGUUGGUUUCCUGCAAAAUUUGUAGAGGUCCUGGAUGAACGAAGCAAAGAGUAUUCCAUUGCUGGAGACGACUCUGUCACUGAAGGCAUCACAGACUUGGUUCGGGGGACACUGUCUCCAGCCCUCAAGGCCAUAUUUGAACAUGGGCUGAAGAGGCCAUCCUUACUGGGUGGGGCCUGCCACCCCUGGCUCUUCAUUGAAGAGGCUGCUGGGCGUGAGGUGGAGCGAGACUUUGACUCUGUGUAUUCCCGCCUUGUGCUCUGCAAGACUUACAGGUUGGAUGAAGAUGGGAAAGUGCUGACUCCAGAAGAACUGCUUUAUCGAGCAGUACAGUCUGUGAACAUGUCACAUGAUGCAGCACAUGCUCAGAUGGAUGUGAAGCUCCGUUCCCUCAUCUGCGUUGGACUGAAUGAACAAGUCCUGCAUUUGUGGCUUGAGGUAUUGUGCUCCAGCCUGCAGACGGUGGAGAAAUGGUUCCAUCCCUGGUCAUUUCUGCGAAGUCCAGGCUGGGUGCAGAUCAAGUGUGAACUCAGAGUCCUCAGUAAAUUUGCAUUCAGCCUCUCUCAAGACUGGGAGCUCCCUAUAAAAAGAGAGGAGAAGGAGAAGAAACCAUUGAAGGAAGGAGUUCAGGACAUGCUCGUAAAACACCACCUUUUUAGCUGGGACAUAGAUGGAUGACUUUUGCUCCACCUCCUUUUUGGACUUCUUGUAUGAUAUAUUUGGAAUAUGUCCCUUUUCUCCCCUCACCAGCCUGUUGCCCCUUUAUGCGUUGUACACUGUAAACAACCAUGUGUGCUUUUGGUAUUUUGUUAGUUGCAAGAUUGCUCUCACUUCGUAGCAGCUUGCUCUAGCAAAUGGGCAGGAGCACAUUUAAGAGCUCAGGAGUGGCUCUUUGCUGCUGAAAGUCUGGCUGCCAAACAUCCCUUCUUCAUGGUGUGUCACUAACUGUGCAGAGCAUGUAUGCACCUACUCUAUCCACUCGGGCCAAGUGCUUGAGGUGAAGGCUGACAGUCUGGGUGAAAGGUAAGGAGAGACAAUGGCAUUGGUAACGAAGAUAUCAUAAGCAAGGGAAGUGUAAUGUGACACUGUGGAAGCCCCAGCAUUGCUGCUGCAUUCCCUUCUGUCCAAGAGGAGAAACUGAUGGCUGGCAGUCUCCUCCAAGACUCAUUUCACUUAGCUUUUAUUUUCUUACAUAGAUAUAACGUGUAAAGCAGUCAUUGACGUAAGAGGGAGACAAUGUGACUACUGACUACUUUCCCGCAAGUCACUACAGUGCAUAAGUGGCUUUGGUAUUGCCACAAAGUGCCUACAAUGAUUGGCUGGUUAGCAAGACAGUGUUAGGUGUUGUGUAAGAUGGUGAAAUACCAUUACCACCAUGCCUUUCAUUCCAUCCAGCUGUGACCCACCAUGAAAUGUUUUAACCUGGAGCAUUAUUUUUAAAACUAGUAACCAAAAGAUGUAAGUUCUAUCCAAAAAUGUCUGUAUAUUUUGACAUAUCUUAAAUGUAAAACGUCGAUUCAGGACUGAGCUGGCUCAGGGAGAGAACUACAGCCCCUGCUCUAAGUAGAAGGCUAGCAGGGACUGUAAGAUGGGAGCACAUAACUAGCUGCAUGGUGGCAGCUCAUCUUAGGGGAAGAGGUAAUGAAAGCACUGGUUGGGGAGCACAAUCAAAUUGUGAAGUGAAACAAGGCUCUUUGUCAUUUUGGUUCAUAAAUAAAUUGCACAUCUUGUGACAGUCGUAGGGAAA